CUGUUAUCGUGUUUUAUUUGCAGACUUCGCGGUGAAGAUGAGCGGGAGUGCUGCAAAAGUCGAUGGGGCGGUGGUGGCGGUAGAAGCGAGCGAUGGAAGAAUGGCGAAUGUAAGGGAAUGCAGUCCCUUCAUCGACCUGGACAUAGAAUCGCGAUGACUCUUUAUUUCGCUUUGAGCGCAACGUAUUCGAUGCUGAUGCCCAUUGCUGAAAAUAAUGUACAUACAAGGUGGACGACAGCUUGUCGCUUAGUCGGACUCGCAGUGGAAAAAGCUCUGGCUUCUGAUCGUACCCGGAAGAUCAAAUUGAUUGACUUCUCGCGCCUUCCGAGAUUUUUAUCGCACGAUAUUCGGAGUGCAGAGCAUGUUACACGGGCACUCAGAAGUGUAGAGCUUUGCUCUUCUGUUGACUUGAUCUCACUGUUUUCGUUAAUGAAGUUCGAUAGAGAUUGCGAUCGCAACAGCUUGCUGGUGAUUUUCACGGAUGCAUGCGACUACGAUCGAGGAAACCUGAAUCUGACACAUUUGCCGAAUUGUGCAUUGAGGUUCGUCUGCGUUUUGCAGGAAAAUCUCGUUGAUGAUGCUCAAAUUGCAAGACUCUUGGCCAUUACCCUAGCAACAGAAGGUUUUAUUGGUGAUUGUGAUCCGAAAGAGGUCGAACCCUUCUUGCCAUAUUUCAUUUCCGAUUACGAUUCUCUCGAGACUUGUAGCAAAUAUCUUGCAAAAGAUCUAUUCGACACGCCAGUUUAUAAGUUGAAGUGUGGCUCACUUAUGGCAUAUUUCAAAGUAUGGCUUUUAAAAUAUGUGUUGGAAAAAUAUGUGAACAUCAAAUCGUGGACGAGGACAUAUACACACAUAUAUAUAUGUAUAUGUAUAUAUAUAUAUUUAUAUAUGUCCUCGUUCACUACUCGAUGUUUGCGAUGUUAUCGUUCCUGUAUGUUUCAUGCACUUAUUCUAGUACUGAAUACCGCUGCGUACGUGGUAACUAACACAAACGUGCGCUUUUUACGCGUUUUCUUCCAGCAAGUAUUUCAAAAAAUGUUUUAA